AAUUAUUUGUCAUUACCGCCAAAUUACGGCGGCGUUGCUGCCAUUUUGUGAACCCCGCUACAGGAAGUGAGUGUUGUAGGUGCUACGCAGGCGCAAAUUGACCUUUCGGUUGAAGAACCCGUCGGUCACAUAUCACUCCGGACCGUAGUUAAUACUCUACCACAAAAUGGGUGACAUUGAGGACACACACUUCGAGACCGGGGACUCCGGAGCUUCGGCCACCUUCCCCAUGCAAUGCUCCGCCUUGCGCAAGAACGGCUUCGUCAUGCUCAAAGGUCGCCCCUGCAAGAUUGUUGAGAUGUCCACCUCCAAGACUGGAAAGCACGGUCAUGCUAAAGUCCACUUGGUCGGAAUUGAUAUUUUCAACGGCAAGAAAUACGAAGAUAUUUGCCCCUCCACCCACAACAUGGACGUCCCCCACGUGAAGCGCGAGGACUACCAGCUGACCGACAUCUCUGACGACGGCUACCUGACCCUGAUGGCUGACAACGGCGACCUCCGCGAGGACCUCAAGAUCCCAGACGGAGAUCUGGGCACCCAACUCCGCUCGGACUUUGACAGCGGCAAAGAGCUGCUGUGUACCGUGCUGAAAUCCUGCGGCGAGGAGUGUGUGAUUGCAGUUAAGGCAAAUACGGCUCUCGACAAAUAAACAACCACUCACAUCAAUAGGGAUAUAACAAGCGUAUAAUUUUUUUUACAAUCAAACAACUCUUACAUAAAUGUAAAACAUAAUAUUAUGUAUAAUUUAACGUAAAAUAUCGCGGCGCGGCGCGGGUCGCCGCACCGUGGUGGAGUCCAGGGCGGCUCGGUCAGAACAAUAAUAUAAAGAAAAGCGACAUCUUCGCGUUUUUUUGGUUGUGAGACCAUCUCCUGGAUCCGUCGCGGUGCGUCCACACCACACACGUGUCCACACACCCACGGCAGGCCGCGCGACCCCAGGUGAUCGCGUGCACGGCGUUUGAUAGGCAGCGGUCCACUUGUAUUAAGGAUUUGAAUCUAGGGGUAUUGUUGUAAUGUGAAUGCUGAAAUCUGGCCUCUAGACCCUCUUCGGAGAAUAGGCUACCGUUUAAUCACUUGACCGCGAUUGGUUGCGGGAACGAUCUUAGUAUCGCUCGUGUACGUGGCCGUUUCUCGGGAGAGGGUGGGAAGGAUGACUACGCAUGCUGUCCGCACAGUGCACUACGACGUAUGUUACAUACGAGGCCAGGGGUCGCCACCGACAGAUCUCCGCCGCCGUGCGCCCGCGCCGCGCCGACCGGAACUUCUCGUUUGUUUGUUAUGUUUGUUCUCUUUUCGCUUCAUCGUCUAAUUUAAACGUUACGUGGCGCUCCGAGAGUUUGUGGAUCGACAUCGGUGUGAUGAAUUCCAUGUGGUGGAUAUUAAAUGUUUUAUAGUGAUUUAUUAUCUGACGAAAAGACGGACGCAAACUUGAAGUUAUUACCAUAUUUUAAUGCUAAAUUAAUUAAUACAUAUAAAAAAUCAAGAAAAACGAUAAAAAAAUAGAAAUAAAGGAAAUUCUUGAACGAGGUGUGUGAUUCUUUGAGGCCGUCGCGAGGCGGUGGUCGCGCCGGCGACGUUAUAUCCCUUCAUGUGUAACACAACAUCUGUUCAAAUACCGCCGAGCUCACUGCCGUGCCGUGUCGGCUGUCCGGCCGGCGACAACACCUCUUGUGCUAAAUCGAUGACGAAGACUGACGAACUGUUGACUGUGUGCUGCCGCUCUGGGACCUUCACCAAGUCUACCGCUCGAAUCUGACAUUUAAAGUUACCGUCUGAAGGCUCCAGAGGCGACAUCACGGAGCACCACCUCCUCAGUCAAGACUGAAUAUGCAUUUUUGUAGAAGAAGUAUUGAUUUGUUUUAAUAUAAGGAAAUAGAACAAUGUUGAUAGAAUUGUGCUCAUCGGCCUUCCCUUGCUCUCUUUUUUUGCAUAUUUGAACACAUGAAUUGUUACACAUCGCUCGAGUGGGUCGCGUUUGCCUAACGUAUUAACUAAAUUACUUAUUGGCACGGCAGAUGCCUUCGAUGACUAGACCAAGCGUGUCCGUUAUUUAUUAUAAAAUAACAUCAAUAAAAUUGUCAUAGACGAUAUGAUAUACGAAAUUAAUGUAAGGUAAGGCCCUAUAGGAGAGAUAUUUUUUUAUGCAUUCAACUAAAUUCGUACAUCGCAAGUUGUAGAGUUAACUUUAGGCUGUUACAUGACAGGUUUAACUGUUUAUGUUCCGAUUACUGUACAUUACUUUCGAAAUUGCAUAAUCGUUAUUGUUGGUGAAGUUUUUAUACUUAGCAGCUUUUAAUCAGGUUUUUAUUUUAUAAAACCCUUUGGUAUUUGUGAAGACAUCGGGAGGUGUAAAAUAAAACACUUAAAGUCCAUAACAACUUUUCUUUCUGUCGCGAGCGGUCCCUCCCCAAUACUUGGGAAAGUGUACAAUCCUAUGGGAAUUCUCUUUUAUACUAUCUAAUAUUUUAGAAUUAAUACGCAUUAAAUGUGAGGAAUCUUUUUGUGCCGAUUUAGGGAAUAAUUGUUGGUGCACAUUAAGUUAUCUUUAGGAAUAUAUUUCUCUUGCUCACACGGUCUUACAACUAUUUCUACAAUGGAACUAUCCCUGUGUCAAAGUUCUAAGUACUAACAUUUCCAGUUGAUUGUUACCUACAGUGUUUUGACAUUAUAAUGUCUGAAUUGAUGUAUAGCUUGUCACUGCAAGUUUUUUAAACUAACUACUUUAAAGUUGGAUGUAACGCGUGUCCUAACAAUAACUAAUUGCACUGAAACAGCGCAGCAGUUGAAUGUAAUGUGUAAAAGUGAAGACCUUGUGUUUAAGAGAUAAGCAUCAAAUAAGCGACGACACUUUAAUGUGCGAAUUUUAAUUUAGAAAUCUUAAAUAUUUUUUUAUAAAGGGGCGUAGGUUGGGUUGAAAACGUGUGAUGGUAAAAAGAAUUAAGUUCUGUAUAUACGUAAGAUGGGAAACUACAAAGUUGGAUAAAAAUAUCAAUAAUAAACCACUAAGGAACUAAACGUAAUGACUGGUCGCGUAUGUCGUGCAAGCACUACCGAAUUACAUUGCAAUGGCCAAUAACUAAUGUAAAUGCAGUUAUAAGUAUUUAACAAGUCUGUCGAAAUAAAUCUGUACAAAACGAA